AGAACGUGACGUCAAGAUGCAAGUUGAUUAAAAAAAAGGCUAAGAAUGACUUUGGACAAUUGAUGUAAAGAUUGUUAUUCAAAGUUUAUGAACUCUUUAUUUUUUUAUUUAGAGAAGUAUAUAAAACAGUCGCGUGCAGCACUCGGCUUCUUCUUCGGCUGUCGUUCGGCCAACUUCGAAGUUCGGGUUUAUCCGGAGCCACCGUUGACGCGGUCGGUUUUCUGUGACGCUUCACUACACUGUCACGUAACAGCGAUGCAUUGAAGGUUAUCAAACGCCAACGCCGUGUGUUCACUACACGGCGCACCUCGCGUGGAAUCUGGCCGGCGGACAGCAUGCACAUUGCGGAUUUCUUGUCUGGGUCGGUAGCAGGAGCAUGUGGCGUUGCCGUGGGCUACCCUCUGGACACUGUAAAGGUCCGGAUCCAAACCCAGAAGCAGUUCACGGGAUUCUAUCACUGUAUAGUGGAGACACUGUCAAAGGAAGGGGUCCAUGGCUUCUUCAAGGGGAUGCUUCUCCCCAUGACUACAGUCUCCAUGACCUCCUCGGUGGUCUUCGGCACAUACAGGAACUGCCUGCAGUGCCUGAGACAGGCCCGCGGGGGCAACAGGGGCACAAACACAAAAAGGGAGGUCUUCCUGUCUGGACUGGCAGGGGGCGUGGCUCAGGUGUCAGUCAUGUCACCUGGGGACAUCGUCAAAGUGCGCCUGCAGUGUCAAACAGAGUCCAGGCAGCGAGGACUCCAAAAGCCUGGUCCAAAGUACCUGGGUCCAGUGCACUGUCUUCUGCACAUCAUCAGAGAGGACGGCCUCAGGGGGCUCUACAGAGGAGCCCUGCCACUCACGCUGAGAGACGGUCCUUCCUACGCCACCUACUUUUUGACUUACACCACCCUCUACGACUGGCUGUCAGGCAGCAGCAAGAAAAAACCACACUGGACAGGUGUGAUGCUGGCCGGUGGGAUAGCAGGAAUGGCGGGUUGGACUGUGGCAACGCCGAUGGAUGUGGUCAAAGCUCGCCUGCAGAUUGACGGCAUGCAUGGGACGCAGCGCUACAAAGGCUUUGUCCACUGCAUCACCGAGACCCUGAGAACCGAGGGAGCUGGAGUCUUCUUCAGAAGCUUAGGCAUCAACUGUCUGCGCGCCUUUCCUGUCAACAUGGUGGUGUUCUUCACCUACGAGGUUCUGACCGGGUUCCUCACGUCUCCUUCUGAAAACGUGGGCUCGCCUCCUUUGGGGUUAGAAUAAUACCAGCAGGGAGUCUUCUUCACUCUGCAAGGACUUCUGACAUGUUUGUUUGCACAAAUGUUAUAAGAGAUGUGACAUAAUCAUUCAGGAGAAAUUUGAGCUCUGGCGUUACCAGACUGUAUGAGGAUCAAUCUGACCACUAGGUGGCAGACCUGACCAACCUUUAAAGUACAUUUUCUAAAGACACAAAAAUUCUACAGUUUAUGUGUCCCAAUGGAUGAAUGUUAUGGCCAGUUUGAUGCAAACAUAGUGUUGCAUUAAAAACAGGAGUUACAUUAAGGAGAAAAAGAUUAUCAAAAUAAGAGUUUAUGUAUUUGCUGUCUGUGGACUGAUUCUGCUGUCCUGGGUUUGCUUUCAAAGGCUUUAGGAAAAUAGAAAACUCUGGAUUCAGAAUUUUUGUGUAUACUGUGUGUCUGAAUGUCAUUUUUUGUGUAAUUUAUUUUAAAAAGGAUUUAGCUUGAAAUCUCUGUUGUGCCUUCCAAAAUAAAAGUUUUGUUUUUUAAA